GGCGGCGGUGAGAAGAGGCCCACGGGCAGGUUCUGAGACAUUUCGGAGCGUUUGUUGCUGUGUUGGCUCACGGGGCUUAGCGAAUGGGGACGGCGGAGGGGAAGGAGUCGGUGUGAAACAGCGACGAGGCCCCUGACGGCGAUGGAGGUCUGGGCGGCAGGGCGGACGCUCAGCGCUUCCGACGCGGGGCCGAGCACGUGAGGAUGUGCUCCCGAGGAGGCAAGUUGGGAGGUGGAGGGAAGAGCAGGCCUUGUUCCUCCCAGGAGGAGGCUGAAUUAUGGAAAUGGGAAGUGAAGAAGAAAAAUGGGAGAAGCUGGAUGCGGAAUUUGAUCACUUUGUGGUAGAUAUGAAGCCCUUUGUUCUAAAAUUACCCCAUAGGUCAGAGCGGCAGAGGUGUGCACUUUGGAUUAGAAAACUGUGUGAGCCUUCAGGAACGGGAGCGGGAGUCACAGGCAGGAGGAAUCGGAAUCUGUACGCAAAGCUCUUACUGCACAUGCUCAGGCGAGGGGCUCUCGAGGGCCCUUUCACCCACCGCCCUGAGCCAGGGACGCUGAAAACUUUACCUUCGUACAUGUCCAUCUAUUUUGAUGAACCAAAUCCAGCACAAGCCAAAGGGACCAGCCCAGAAGGAUUACCAGACUGGGUGAUGGGUGAGCUGGGGAACGGUGAGCGCAGAUUCAGCGAAUCACGGACGCUUUCUUCUGGAGAAGAUUGCUCUUUGGUACAGUCGCCGACCCAUGUCCACAGGGAACAAUGCAUUGCAAAGCUCCAAACCAGAUCACAGUCUGUGAGUCCAACCUACAGAGAAGAUGGACAGAUUAUUACCCCAAAGAGUUGUGAAAUUCAUUCGAAGAAAUCUGCUCUUUCUUUGGAUGACAGUGACAUCGAAGCUCGCCUUAAUAGUUGGAAUCUUGGGGUAAAAAAGUAUUUGUUUCAUAUAGAAAAUCCUCGGUACCUGAGACAGAAGCCUAUCCCAGUUACUUUGAUGACUCCCAGAUUCAGCCUGAGAAAAUCCAGCAGUCUCCAGGAUGAUCAGUUACUGUCUCGAAUGCAUGAGAAGGAGUUGGACAUGAAAACAAAAAUGAUGGAAGCUAAGUAUCAUGAAGAGAAACUUAAACUGCAACAGAAACAUGAUGCUGAUGUUCAGAAGAUUUUAGAAAGAAAGAAUAAUGAAAUAGAAGAAAUGAAAACUUUAUACAAAAAGAAACAAAAUGAAAUGGAGGAGACUAUUAGAAAACUUGAAAAGAAAGUUCAGACCCUCAUACGUGAAUGUCAAGUUAUCAGAGAGACCAAAGAUAACCAGAUUGCAGAGUUAAAAAAGAUAUGUGAACAAAGUACAGAAUCUCUGAAUAAUGAUUGGGAAAAAAAGCUCCACAAUGCUGUAGCAGAAAUGGAAAAGGAAAAGUUUGAACUUCAGAGGCGGCACACUGAAAACAUUCAAGAACUGCUAGAGGACACAAACGCACGUCUGAACAAAAUGGAGGGCGAAUACAUGGCCCAGACACAGUCCACACCAUGUCCUUUCAAGAACUCCAGCCUCGUCUUCCGAGUGCCACCUCUGAGUUCACAAUGUGGGAAGAUAUUCUUUGCACCCAAGAACCAGAUGAUCAAAGAACUGGAGUCCCGUGUCCAGCAGCUGACUGGAGAAGCAGAGAACAGUAAUACACAGAAGCAGAAAUUAAUUCAAGAAAAAUUGGAACUUGAGAGAUGUUACCAGAUAACAUGUAAUGAAUUACAAGAAGUAAAGGCAAGGCACAACACACUGCAUAAAGAGAAGGAUCAUCUUGUAAAUGAUUAUGAGCAAAACAUGAAACUGUUACAAACCAAAUAUGAUGCCGAUGUAAACCUUCUGAAAAAGGAACAUGCUCUUUCAGCUUCUAAGGCAUCUGGUAUGAUUAAAGAAUUAGAACAGAACAUCUGUCAAUUAAAACAGCAGUUACAGGAAUUAGAACUUCAAAGAAAGCAACAAUUAAAGGAUCAAGAAAAUAAGUUUCAAAUGGAGAAAUGUCACUUAAAACGCACCUAUGAGAAAAAGGUUCAUGACUUGCAGACUGAACUUGAUAAAGAAAAAGAAGAUGCUCAAAAGAAAAUCCAUAAAUUUGAGGAGGCUUUGAAGGAAAAAGAGGGGCAGCUCGCCCGUGUGACUGAGGCUCAGAGGCUGCAGGCACAGCAGGCAGAUGCUGCACUGGAGGAGUUCAAGCGGCAGGUAGAGCUGAACUCGGAGAAGGUCUACGCGGAAAUGAAAGAGCAGAUGGGAAAAGUGGAAGCCGAUCUAACUAGAUCCAAGUCUCUUCGUGAGGAGCAGUCAAAGGAGUUUCUGUGGCAGCUGGAGGACGUCAGGCAAAGAUACGAGCAGCAGAUAGUAGAGCUGAAGCUGGAGCACGCACAGGAGAAGACGCACCUAUUACAGCAGCAUAACGCAGAGAAGGAGAGCCUAGUCCGAGCCCACGCACGGGAGACUGGAGACCUGGAGAAGCAGCUCCACACUGCCAAUAUGGAGCACGAAAAUCAAAUCCAAGAGUUCAAGAAUCGAGAGUCACAGGUUAUUGCUGACAUGGAGGCACAAGUCCACAAGCUGAGAGAAGAGCUGAUCAGCGUGAACUCCCAGCGGAAGCAGCAGCUGGUGGAGCUCGGUCUUCUUCGUGAAGAGGAGAAGCAAAGGGCUGCUCGGGACCAUGCGGCUGCUGUCAACAGACUGAAGGCUGAGUCAGAAAAGAUGAAAACAGAGCUGAAACAGACUCAUGCCGCUGAGACAGAGAUGGCGCUGCAAGAGGCCAACAGCAGGCUGAAGCAGAUUGAGAAAGAAUACACUCAGAAGCUUGCCAAAUCCUCCCAGAUCAUAGCAGAGCUUCAGACGACCAUCUCCUCUCUGAAAGAGGAGAGCAGCCAGCAGCGGUUCGCUGCAGAAAGGCAGCUCCAGGACGUUGUACAGAAGUUUGAAGAUGAGAAGAAGCAGCUGAUUAGAGAUAAUGACCGAGCAAUCAAGGCUUUACAAGACGAGCUAGAAAAGCGCUCGAAUCAAGCACGAUGUUUGGAGAAAAAACUGCAGCACAAGGAACUGGAAUCACAGGAGCAGAUAACUUACGUACGACAAGAAUAUGAAACAAAAUUUAAAGGGUUGAUGCCAGCAUCUCUAAGGCAAGAACUUGAAGACACUAUCUCCUCCCUAAAGUCACAGGUUAACUUUCUGCAGAAGAGGGCAUCCAUCCUUCAAGAGGAGCUGACGACCUACCAGUGCAGAAGGUAACCACAUGAUGACGUACCUGAGUAACCCAGGAGCGUGGGAUGGAUCUAACCGUCUGGACAGAGCUUUGGAUUUCUUCCCACAGGUUUGAAGAUUUGGAUGUUGUAAAGUAAACUGUGAGAUCAAUGGCAUUUUUUAAUACUUAAAUGUAAUUAAGAUCAUAAAAACAUGCAUCACUCAUACACUAACAGGGUGGUUUUAUUUGUGUCUGCCUACGUUAUUUUUUUUAGCAUUCCUUUUUUUCUGAUUUCCAUAUCUGUGUGCAUCUGAGUGUGUACUGAGAACUGCUUAUAUUGGGAAAAGAAAUGAUUUCUUGCGAUGCCUUGUUAAUGCCUUUAUGUAGAAUUUUACCAGUUGCGGCUGAUCAAAAUCACAUU